AAAGAAAAGAAAAAAAAAACAAUUAACUGAAAAACUCCCCUCAUUCACUCUUCGCCUCUGCAACCUUUUUCUCUUCACUUAAAAAGCUCUCGAAGAGGAAGAAGAAGAAGAAGCAUCAAUGGGCUGUGUCUCUUCAAAACUCUACCGGAAGGACCUUCAGAGGGACAUCAUUGUCAACAAUGGCGGCGAGUAUCUCAACCACGUUGUCUCUCUAACAUCCAGUACUUACGGCGUUCUCAAUCUCGACACCGAUCAGAAAUCGAAUGAGUUGGUUUCAGAGCUGACGAAGAAAUCACCGCCUCGUGAAGAACCAGAAGUGAUUAACACUUGGGAGUUAAUGGACGGCCUAGAAGAAGGAAUUCCGAUGGCAAAUAGGGGCAAAAAAAGCCCUAAACCCAGAGUUUCUCUUCGUGCUUUGGCUGAUUUCGAUCGAAGAAGUCCGUUGAAGUUCUUUAAUCAAAUUGGCACUCCGAAGAAGGCGAUGAAGUCCGGCGGGAAGGAGAAUCGCGGCAUCGGACGACUGGAUUAUACUCCGAAAGAGAAUCUGAAAGUGAACAAUUCGUCUAAGAUUUCGCCCAAAUCGGCCCUGAAAUUGACCGUUCCGGUUAAGAGUACACCGAUUUCAGCCAGAAGACAGAGUUUUGGAAGCGAUUCCGGGCUUUUAUCGGCUCGGAGAAGGAGUUUGAGUCCGUUAUUUGAUCCAGAGCUCGUAGCGUCUUACGAGAGACAAUUAACAGAAGAAGGAGAACAAAUCAAGAGAAUAGUUUCAGAGACGCCGAAAUCUAGGGCGGCGAGACAUUUUCAAGAAUCGGAAACCGCCUUAAAACAGUUUGAGGAACGGUGUCCUCCCGGCGGCGAAACCACCGUCGUGAUCUACACGACGACACUUCGAGGAAUCAGAAAGACAUUCGAAGACUGCAACAAGGUUCGUUCGAUCAUUGAAUCCUACGGCAUUCACUUGGUGGAGCGAGACGUGUCGAUGGAUUCUGGUUUCAAAGAGGAGUUGAGGGCGUUAAUGGAGAGCAAGGAGGUGAAAGUUCCGGCGAUUUUUGUCAAGGGGAGGCUAAUCGGAGGAGCGGCGGAGGUGUUGAAAAUGGAGGAGGAGGGAAAAUUGGGGGUUCUGUUCGAGGGGAUUCCGACGGCGGCGGGCGGCGGGUGUGAAGGAUGCGGCGGCGUGAGAUUUGUGAUGUGUGUGGAUUGCAAUGGAAGCUGUAAGAUUUUGGAUCAAACAAACAAGAAGACGAUCAAAUGUGGUGAGUGUAAUGAAAAUGGGUUGAUUCAUUGUCCUAUUUGUUCUUAAAUUUUAAUUUGGUAAUUUUUCUUUGGAAGAAAAAAAAAUUCCCUUUUUUAUUUUAUAUUUUAGUUUUAAUUUUAGCGUUGAAAAUGGGUUCUAAAGUUAGUUUUUUAGGACCUGUGUUUUGUGGGUUAUUGUUUGUAUUAUUGUUUGAUGUAAAUUAUUAGUGAAACUAAUUCAU